AAGUAAGACACACGUAAAGACAUAUGUGAACGACUAGCUUCCGGUAUUUUUUAUAUACGUGUCUAGAUAAUAAGUAUAACCGAUAAACGCCUGUUAUCGCGCGAGCAAACUCACAACUCAUUGUCAGUAGUCUCAGUAUUCGUUGGUCACGGCUAGCAGAAUGUCCUACGGCGGAGCGAACCAGAGCAUUCACGAUUAUGCGAGGGAAAAGAAUGCUAUUAUCGUCGAUCUACGGAGCGACACGUUCACGAAGCCGACCGCGGCGAUGAGGAAAGCUAUGUUCGAAGCGGAAGUAGGAGAUGACGUCUACGAGGAGGAUCCUACGGUAAAAGAAUUACAAAAAAAGGCUGCGGCGUUGCUUGGGAAGGAAGAUGCGCUUUUUGUCACCUCCGGUACGAUGGGAAACUUGAUCGCUGUUCUAAAUCACUGCGAUGUGCGUGGCAGCGAGGUCUACUGCGGAAUGGAGUCGCACGUGUUCCUUCACGAGCAGGCUGGUGCGGCGCAGAUAGCCGGCGCGAGCCUUUGUACCCUGCCUAACAACGAGGACGGUACGUUCGAUCUGAAGAGCCUCGAAAACGCGAUUCGCGUGGACCGGACAAUACAUGUACCGAUCUCGAAGCUGAUCAUGGUAGAGAACACGCUCAACGGGAAGGUCAUUCCUCAGUCGUGGAUCGAGGAGUUGGCGGCGGUGGCGCGGAGGCAUAGGCUCAAGAUGCAUCUGGACGGGGCGCGACUGUGGAAUGCCUCGAUCGCGUCCAAGAUCUCGGCGCGGGAUCUAGUCGCUCCGUUCGACUCCGUCAGUUUUUGCGUGAGCAAAGGAUUGGGCGCUCCCGUGGGGUCUGUGCUCUGCGGGAGCAAGAGCUUUAUCGCUGACGCAAGGAGAAGGCGCAAGGUGCUGGGUGGUGCUAUGCGACAGGUCGGCGUGCUCGCCGCGGCCGGGCUCGUCGCCCUGGAACAGACAGUGCCACGACUAGUCGAAGAUCACAGAAGAGCGUUGAUUAUCGCGAGGGCGAUCGAUCAGUUGAAUUCCAAGAUAUUCAGCGUGAACCUGAAGACCGUGCACAGCAACAUGGUAUUCGUAAACGUGAAUACCGACAGCGGCGUUACUGCUGGGACUCUCGUGAAGAGGCUCCACCAAGUGAACGACUCCCACGAAGAUGACGAGGUCAUAAUCAGAUGUUCGGCUGUCACGAAAAGCUUGCUCAGGAUGGUUGUUUAUUACGAUAUCGAUGACUCGAUGACGACCGCCGCCGUUCGUAAAUUAAGAUACGUUAUCAAGCAGCUGGAUCCCCAAGUGAAGAGUUGAACUCUCUCACACAGUUCCAAGUUCUUUGAAAAUAAUAGAUUAAGAGGCAUUGUAGCAUCAAAUGUUAUCUUUACAUCGAGUAUAUCUCAAUAUGUUAUCGCAUGUAUACGUUACCUUGAAAAAUAUACAGUCUUAGACAAAAUUAUUAAGGACCUUCCUAAUAAUUGUACCUUACCGAAUCUAAUACAUGGAAAAUUUUUAUUUUUUUAAAGUUGCUUACUAGAGCGUUCUUUGCUUCUAUACAGCAAACAACUUUAAAACAAUAAAAUUCUUUCUGGUAUUGGAUUCAGUACAAUACACGAUUGUAAGGGUGCCUAAUAAUUUUGUCCAAAGCUGCACACGUGUAUAUUUAAAUAAAGUAUUUUGCAGUGGCUAAA